GUUAGACUAAGCGAACCCGGAGGUGAACUGUCAGUAUGACUACCAACUAUAAGGUAGAGGAAAUUCCUGGGCCACAACUGGAUCUAGGUGAAGGUCCGCACUGGGAUAUAAAACGACAAAGUUUGUACUACGUUAGUUUGUUGGAAGCAACCAUCCACCGAUUCGAUUACAAUAAGAAACGAGUUUUUUCUGCCAAAGUUGAGGGCUGCUCGUUCGCAUCAUUCAUAGUGCCAGUAAAGGGAGGUCGUGAUGAAUUCGUAAUUGGCGAUGGUCAUCGUUUAGUUUUAAUAACAUGGGAUGGCACGUCGACGAAGGCACGUCUUAUAAAAAUCAUUGCCCAACUAGGCACAGAAGAACGAGAUCAACGUUGGAACGAUGGUAAAGUUGAUUCCCGUGGGCGAUUAUUCGCUGGAACAAUGAUCGAUGAGAGUAAAGGGAAUCCUUUCGAAGUGAACGUUGGGAACUUUUAUCGAUAUGAUGCCGGAAAAGGUGGUCUGGUAAGACAGUUCAACGAUGUUUUCAUAUCUAAUGGAAUCGCCUGGAACGAUCAAACGAAAAAAAUAUAUUAUGCCGAUUCGGGAGCAUAUGAUAUAAAGGAGUUUGAUGUCGAUGAUAAUGGAAAUUUGAACAAUGGCAAAGUUUGGUAUGAUUUCAAAGAAAAGGGAAGAAAGCCAAUUCACUUCCCAGAUGGAAUGACCAUCGAUGCAGAAGGAAAUCUAUAUGUGGCAAUUUUUUACGGAGCUAAAGUGCUGAAAAUCAAUUCCAGGGGAGAGAUCGAUACGGAAAUAAAUGUACCGGCAAAGCAAGUAACUUCCGUUGCAUUUGGAGGGCCGCGUCUAGAUGAACUGUAUGUUACUACAGCUAAGCGUCAAUUUACGGAUCCCACGACAGGGUCAGCAGGGGCAACAUUCAAAGUGACCAAUUUGGGUGUAACAGGAACACCAAUGAAUGAACUAGUGCUAUGAAAUUUUGACGUAUUGUAUCCACGCGUUUCUUUUGAAAGUUGAAUGGAAUCGAUAUAACGAAUGCAAGUGUUAUAAAUUUACAAUGAAGCUCUGAUUGGCCAAGUAAAACUUGUACCUUGAUAAACACAGUCCACGCAUUGUUAAUAAAAAAAAUCCAACAUUGAUUCUAGAUAUUCAAAAAUGA